AUAGCCUCCUGGGGGGCUGGGGCUGGGGCUUGCGGAGGUUUAAGCCCCGCUGAACCCCUCGUCGCGUAGCCGCGAAUCUUUCUCGAGUCGUAUGUCUAGUCUAGCGACGAGGCCGGCUCGUCGUCGUCAGAUUUCUGCUUUCCUCGCCUCGCUCUGCUCGUCGUCGUCCUUCUUCUUGCGCCAUGAAUGGCAGCGGACGCGGCAGCAGCAGCUGGGGCAGAGUCGGCAGGGCUUGACGUGGAAGCGCUGCCGCUGUUGGCUUGCAUGCCGGUGGCAUUCGAAGCAAGGGGCUGAGACCAAUGCUCGAUUCGUCGGACGCUUGGUCUCGCGCGGCCGUCGGACGACGAAUUUGAGCCGCGAGGACGAGCUUUAGGUUCGCAAUUUGGAUUCGGAUUUCCGCCAUCUUUCCUGCCUUUGCGCCACCGAUGGCGAGUAUGGCACCGACUUCGGCUGUGCUCUCGUCGACGAGCUUCGUCGUGGUGGCUCCAAUGCAGAGUUCGCCGUUCGUCGCCUUGCCGACGCCAUUGCGGCGCUUGAAUGGAUUGCCUUCUCUCGUCCUCUCGACCCGCCAUCUCCACAGGCUUUCGGAGGGCGAGACUCGUCUUCCUCGACACCGCCCGAGGCCUGUGCGCGUAUACGAAGAGCGUGGGGAAUCGGAAGGAUGCGAGGUGUCCGGUAGCUCCAGCAGUCUGCGGAGCGCAGGGGACGCAUCGACCUCCUUCUCGAGGCUUUCCUCCAUGAACUCGCAGAACUCUGAGCUGCAGUUUUUCACCACUUCAAUUCCUCAGAAGAAGUUGAGGAAUGCGGUUCUCCGAGCUGUGGCACAACAGAAAGGAAGAGUCGGGAGAGUUGGAAAGUUUAGGCGGGAAGGAAACGUGUCGCUGACAUCUUUCGGAAUCAAAAUCAAGAAGAAUAGGAAUGGGCAGGAAAUUGAUGUUACCAAGUCGUUGUCGAAGAUGCUGCCGUUCGUUGUAGCGAUGACUGCUGUGGCUGCGCUCACGAAGCCCGCGUCCUUUGCCUGGGUGAGCAAGGACUACUACGCUCCAGCUCUAGGAGGCAUUAUGCUGUCAAUUGGAAUACAACUCUCCGUCUCAGACUUCGCCCUCGUCGUCAAAAGGCCAGUUCCAGUUGUUUUAGGAUAUGGCGUCCAGUACCUAAUCAAGCCACUCCUCGGCUUCUUGACGGUCAAACUGUUUAAUGUACCAGCAGCAUUUGCAGCAGGGCUCAUACUCACUUCAUGCGUUGCCGGUGCUCAACUGUCUAGCUACGCCUCGUUUUUGAGUGAAGGAGAUGUAGCGCUGAGCAUCGUCCUGACGAGCUUGACGACCAUCACUUCUGUUGCUGUUACUCCUCUUCUCACCCGCAUCCUGAUCGGGUCUGUGGUCCCAGUCGAUGUGGUUGCCAUGGCCUCAUCUAUCUUGCAGGUUGUGAUCGGUCCUGUUUUCUUAGGUCUUGCACUCAACACCUACGCCAAGUCCCUGGUUGACCGAGUACGAAAUUUCAUGCCUCUGGUAGCCAUGGUGUGCACUUCGCUUUGUAUUGGAAGUCCGCUGGCUUUGAACCGAGACAUGAUCGUGUCAACACAAGGCUUGCAGCUGCUGGCCCCAAUUGUGGCCUUCCAUAUUGGAGCAUUUGCUGUCGGUUACUGGAUUUGCCAAGUCUCUCCAUGGAGACAAGAGGAGAAGGCGUCUCGAACUAUAUCACUAUGCUCUGGAAUGCAGAGCUCGACCUUAGCCAUGCUGCUUGCCUCUCAAUUUUUAGGAAUGAGUCAUGCAGUUCCUCCGGCCUGCUCUGUAGUAGUGAUGGCCCUCAUGGGUCUCUCGGUCGGAUCCUUCUGGGGAAAGGGAUUGAGGAUAAAGAACCUCCUACCUGGCUUGGGUCCAAGCCGAGAUGAGCAGUUCAAGUCGAUAUAAACUGCUGUAGAAACGCCACAGAUCUGAUGAGCUGACAAAGAUUCAAAACAUAUUUGUGUUAGUUUUAGAUACGCAAACCUAACAUUGUACAUUCCCUCUCUCUCAACCGAACAGUAAUCGACGUGCUGGAUACUUGUAGGCCAAAGCGCUGCUCAACUUUUACUCGUGCACUGCUGAACGGAAUGGUACCUGUCACCGAUAGGAUAUGUUUGACACGUCUUCUGUGCCUGGUCGAACUUAUCCCUUGAGGGAUGCUGUUGAAUGCCUGAACCCCUGAUCCCAUACAUGGGUCAGGCAGUUUUCAUAGGUGGCGAAGACUGCGAGUUCUGCCCUUAGGGAACACUAUAGAGUGUUUUGGCUUCACAUCCCACACACUUUUGUCGUGCGUUAUUCACGGCAUCGAUAGUAAAUUGCCGGACGACCCUCCGGUCAUUAAGAUACUGCUUUUGUAGGACUCCUGUAAACUAGUUUACACACGGUUCAAGGUCAAACUAAUAUACAUCAUUAUCUCCUUCACGGAGAAGCCAUUUUUGUGGUCACUUGUGGAUAAGUUAGAUGCACACUAUCAAGCUGAGAC